GCUCAAGUAGGUGAUGUGAUGCCUCCUGUCCAGGCUAAGGCGCGAGGUGAAUUCAACCUUAGUUCCCCGCCUCCCACUUCUAAAGUUGCUUUAACGUCUACUUGCGCUUGUUUGCACUCGGCUGAGCAGUCGGCCUUUCCACGCACCGUCACUGCACACAGAGACCGAGGUCUCGUCGCCAGAACCCGACUCACCAUGGCCUCGAUCGAGCACUGUCUCUACUGCUUCGAGGCCCUCGCCGCCCAUCUCGAGGCCCGCAGCUCAUUGACGCUGACUGAAGUUGAGAAGUCGUGGGCCGAUUACUGCAAUAGUGAAGACGCCGCCGGUGUAGAAGCUGACGAGGACGACUCUUCGACGUCCAAUCUUGGCAGCCUUAAGAAGCGCCUGCCAGCUAUGCGCCGCGUCGCCGCGUCGUCGUCCAGCGGAACGUCGUCACCCUCGUCCGGGUCUAGCAUGUCCCUCGCGCCUGAGACGCCGGGAACAUCGACAUCGUCACUUCCAGCUGACAAAUCUCUAAUCACCGAGUCACCUCUGUUCGUCACAUGGAACAUUGUCUCGCCCCGUAGUGGGCACGUCACCCUACGUGGAUGCAUCGGCACAUUUGAGUCGCAAGAGCUCGAUGAAGGUCUCUCUUCAUACGCAAUCACGUCAGCAAUCCACGACAUGCGAUUCGAUCCCAUCUCCAAGCGCGAGCUUCCUUCGCUCGAAGUGGCCGUGACUCUAUUGACCGACUUCGAGGACUGUGAGGACGCAAUGGAUUGGGAGCUUGGCAAGCACGGUUUGCGCCUCAGCUUCACCGACCGGGGAAGACGCUACGGUUCGACAUAUCUGCCCGAUGUUGCACCAGAGCAGGGCUGGAAUAAGGAAGAGACGCUUGUGAGCCUGAUGCGCAAGGCCGGUUGGAUGGGCAAGAAAGAUAAGUGGCAAGAUGUGGAUCUCAAGGUCGUGCGGUACCAGGGCAAGAAGGACAGUCUGCGGUAUCCCGAAUACAAGCAAUGGCGUGACUGGGUCGACCAGAAGAGCAAGGUAUAGAUGGGGAAGCGUGUUUUCGGCGAGGCGUAUCUACAAGGAAUAUUUCGGGAGUUUUGGUGGCUGGGUAUCAGAACCUCGGAGUUCUAUACAGGUAGAGGGCAUCUGUUUCUCACACACGAGCCAUCUUCAUGCAAUCAAGCUCAUUGCAAUUUACGGGUGUAAUCACUGCGCCUUGGGACUAGUUGAAAUGAAAAGCUGCUUAUUGGCUUAUCGUCGUUCCAUCGAUUAGCCCUUGGACACGGCAAAAAUUGCGCCGUUCCAAGUAUCCCACGAUUCACUAGCGAUAUUGCCGCACCACCCCUUGGAUCAAGUUGAUUGCCACGCAAAAGCUUCAGAAACACGAGCCUCCAAAAUUCACAUCGAGGAUUACUUCCGGC